UGGUUGUUUGAUAAAUAAAUAAUAACUUAUUAAAUUUAUUUUAAUAAUUUAAUAUAAAAAAAUUACCAGAGGUCUUCGGUGAAUGCGAUGUUAUGACUUAAUUAUAUGAUACUACCUGCGAUGUAAAAAUCUGUGUGCGGACGACUGGAUACUGUUCGAAGUGAUUACAGAAGAGCGUUUGUUUGGACGACGCGCGGAUCAUUCGUCGCUCAUACCUGACUAAUUAAUUUUUUUCCGCGCAUUCUUAAAAUUGUCGUUAUUGAUUAAUUUUUAUUUACAUAAAUAGUAAAGUAUUUUAAUACGUCUUGUCUGUUGUUUACCAUCCAAACAUUCAAAUUCGUCUAAAACAGUUUGUACACGUUCCACAGAGAACUUAAUAUUAUAUUGUCAGUACUUGGUAGUUAUCAUGUAGAAAACGCCACACUACAGUAGUCCUCUUUUCUUUUCAAGUAUGGAAUCAAUCGACUCUAACAGUAGCGGGUAUGAUCAGUCCGUUGACUGGGUACCAUUGUCUUUGACGUUUGUUGAAUAUCCAAAAGGGGAUGUAUUUGGAAAAUUAUUGGCACUAUUCAGUUUGACACCUUUUGUGAUUCUAUCUGGUUUUAUUUCAUUGAUUCUAUUUCGUCGAGAUUUACACACAAUAACUUUUUUCAUUGGUGUGUUACUCAAUGAGAUAUGCAAUACAGUCCUAAAACAUAUAUUGCGUGAACCUAGACCCUUAGCUAGAAAUACAAAUUUAUUGUAUUCAGAAUAUGGCAUGCCUUCAUCUCAUUCUCAAUUUAUGUGGUUUUUUGCAUCAUACAUGUUAUACUUUACAUUUAUAAGGUUACAGUAUGCUAACAACAAAGCAUUUAAAGAGUUUUUCUGGAAAGUUGCUGGAGCUGUAUCAUGUAUUGCUAUUGCCUGUAUAGUUUCUUAUAGCAGAAUAUUUCUACAAUAUCAUACAUGGAAGCAAGUAAUCUAUGGAGCACUGUUUGGUAUUAUUAUAGGUACUGUUUGGUUUACAAUAAUUAAUGUGGUAUUGACUCCCUAUUUUCCAACAGUGAUAUCAUGGAAAAUAUCAGAACUAUUUUUGUUGAGAGAUACUACAUUAAUUCCCAAUGUCUUAUGGUUUGAAUACACAAAUAUUCGUCAUGAAGCAGGAGCUAGAGCCAGGCGCCGAAAAUCAAUUUCUGCAAAAUCUCAAUGACUAAUAUUUUAAAAGGAUUAAAAUAAUAAUAAUAAUAUGACUAACCUGUCCAAGCAUUUAAGCAUUUGUAAUAAUGUGAAAUAAUAAAUAUUUAAUAAUAUACUAUUAUUUUUACCAAAUGUAAUGUUUGUAAUGUGUUUAAGUGUGAUUAUAAUAGCUAAAUAAUUUAUCAUUCGUACUUAUAAUAUCUUAUACUGUUUUAUUAAUAUUACAAUUAUUGAGUUAUUUAAAAUGUUUAUCGGGUCACUUGAACAAUCAUUUAACAUUUAAUGAAUCAAUAUUGAGCUAAUGGUCCUUUAAACAUGAUUUUGUGACCCAAGAUUACUCUAAUAUAUUGUAUUGAAUCAUUAAAUUAUCAAUUUUUCAUGUGACCUGGCAUUAGUGUUUUAAUUUUAAAUAGUA